CUAGGUUUGCAGAAUUGGAGUCGGAAACAUCCACUCUUCUUUCUUUUUCUAACUCUUCCGCAGCCUUUCUUGUUCUCUCUCGUAGCAUCUGUCCACAGAAAUGUCCUCUUCGUCUAGAUCCAGAUCUAGUGGCCGGGUCUUACCCAUAAAAAGCGGCUUGACGCCAUCCAUACCCCCCGCCGGCCGAUUUUACUCCUCCGCGUUCUCAUCACCAGCGGCUGCUUCUUCCGUAAACGUUUUCGCUACAUCCUCAUCGAGCUUCUCCGCACGCUCGACUUCCAACUUCCUUCCCCGAUCCUCCUCACCUACCCGCGUAAACCUCAUCGGAUCUCCCGCGGCCCACUCCGUCCGUUUCUCUAUCGACCGCUCCACCUCCCCCGGCCGCUCAAUUUCUGCAAUCGCCAGCCGUGAUCCCGUCAUCCGUCCGCCGAUCUCCGCCCCUGGACGCCGUAAGACAUGUAUGUGCUCCCCGACGACCCAUCCCGGUUCCUUCCGCUGCAGCCUCCAUAAAGGCACCCACAAUCGCCCGAUCGCCGCGGUCUCCUCACCUUCAAAUCGUCUCAACGCCAGACGAUCGGCGAUGACGAACUCACUCGUCCGGAUCGGUACAGUCGAAGGCGAGUUUGUCAAGAGGGCUCUCGCCGCCCUAAUCCGUCCUUCAUCGCAUCAACAGCGGCGGAGAGCUGACUUCCGCCCUCAGCCAAGUCGGCUUUCACAGAUGACGAAAGCUGAUGAUCUAUGAUCUGAAAAGCAAAGGAUCGUAGAUUUCAAAGCAGUCGGGAGAUCCGUGUGCAGAGUUUUGUUGAUCUGUCUACGUUAGAAUUCUCCGUCGACGUUUACGCCGUCGUCGUCGCGUGCGUGUCCGUCGUCCCCAUGACUCGUCCCGUUCGUGCCGUGCCGUCAACCUUGAAACCAGUGAGCUGUUUCCAUUGAAAGGUCCGGCGGUUUCUUGUAGCUUUCGUUUCUUCGGGUACAGGAAAUGAGACUUGGUCCUUCAGAAAGAGCAUCGAAUUCUCCCAAAAUGAAUAAAUUACAUAUUAUAAUCUAAAAAAUUGUGAAAAAUAUUACAUAGGACUUCUGAUGCAUUCAUAGUUCAAUGAUGGGUCGUCACGUGUCAAAUCAACUUCACCAUUUUUAACACCGACUAAUACUAGUGUAUUAUAGUGGGACUCAAUUGACACGUGACGUCCGUCCCAUCAUUGAACUUCAAAUACAAAUUACGUUGGGAGUCCUGAUGUAAUAUUUUCUCGUAAAAUUGAAAAUUAUCAGAUUUGGGACAACACAUAAAUUAAAGUCCAUUUAUAAAUUUAACAAUAAAAAAUGCCAAGCAUGAAUAUAAUUUUAUUAAA